AUGACGAGCAACAACACAUUCAUAGGCGUGGGUAUUCAAUAUAGGCUUGGGGCCUUCGGCUUCCUGUCCUCAGAUGAGGUGGUCCGACGCGGCACCCUCAACGCCGGGCUUCUGGAUCAACAGUUUGCCCUAGAAUGGAUCCAACAGCACAUCGAAAAGUUUGGAGGGGAUCCUUCACGAGUGACCAUUUCGGGUUUGUCAGCUGGGGCGGGUUCAGUCAUGCUUCACACCAUUGCAUAUGGAGGGACCCUCGGAACCUCCCUCUUCACGAGUUCCAUUGCUGCGUCUCCAUACCUGCCAACGCAAUACAACUAUAAUGAUUUCCUGCCUACCCGAGCGUACUAUACUUUUGCCGGGGCAGCGGGAUGUCCGGCAAGCUUUGCGUACGGAAACACGACCAAGACGAUCUUCGAAUGUCUUCAGUCCCAGGAUAGUCUCAUCCUUCAGCAGGCGUCUCAUAAUAUCUCUACCUCAGGCACGUUUGGAUCCUGGGGAUUUCUCCCCGUCACAGACGGACACUUCAUUCGCGAAAGUCCAAGUCAGGCCCUCCUCAAACGGAGGAUCAAUGGUCUUAGGCUCCUCACAAGCAACACUGCGGAGGAAGGGCCUGCUUACACACCACAGACCAUCACGUCGGAAGAAGACUUAAUCGCAUGGCUGCUCCAUACGUUCCCUCUUCUGGAUGUCGAAGACGCAAACAGGAUUCUAUACUACUACCCUUCCCUCCCGCCGUCAGAUAACACCACCCUCACGUAUCCGACCGCCGAAGAUUCCGGCGCCACCGCGGUAUCCACCAGCCAAAUCGCAUCCGGGCACCAGCAACGCGCCAACCUCAUCCUGGGCGAGACGACCUUCAUGUGCCCAUCCUACUGGCUCGCGACCGCCUUCAGCUCGCCCGGCACGGGACACCACAGCUACAAGUACCAAUACUCGAUCCCCACGGCACUACACGGCUACGACCUAGAAGCCUACUUCGGCCCCCCGCGCAGGAACCAAGGCGCGGGCUUCCUGCGCGCGUUGCAGCUAAGCUGGGGGAACUUCGUGCGCUUCGGCGACCCGUCCGUCCCCUCGGGCGCGGCAAACGGGGCGGACAGCAGUGCUGGCCCGGAGCCCCACCCCCCUAGAGCGCUGGCCCGAGUUUUGCCCUGCACAACCCCUGAUGAUUGA